GAUAAUGUCUAAAUGAAAUGAAAGAAUUAAAAAAAAUUAUUAUUGUUAUAUACCCAUUUAAAUCAUCAUAGUCUUCAUCUGUUUCAAAAUCGCUUUACUCAGGUAAGUUUAAAAGAAAAAAUUAAAUAUUAGAGGUGAAACGAAGCAGGUGAACAGAUUUACGGAGUAGGCCCCUGUUAACACUCAAGACACUUAAUUCACUUAAUUAUACUUAUAAUUACAAUUUACGACAUUUUUUAGAGACACUGAGCUGUCACUGCCUGCUAAUGACAUGAAGUAUAUAUUACAGACAUAACUACGGUAUACCCAUAACUACAUAAAAGAGUUGAAAAUAAUACACAUGUUUGAAAUCAUGAAAAGCCUUACUUACCAAAUUUUCUUUUUUGGAUAAAGCAUUGAAAUGAUUAUUGAUAAUGACCAGAAGAGGUGAUCCUUAAUUUUUUCACUCCUGGGUCGGGAUAGCAAUACCUCUUUGUUUAAAUUUCACGUAACUUUGAUUUGAAUUAGAAAGUUAUUUCAGAAGAAAUUUAGGUAAAUUUGGAGAGAUAGCACCCUGAAGUCAUUUGCGUGUUUUGUCCCUGGUUCCAAUCACUGAUAGUGAUAGGGUUAAAACCCUGGUUCCGAAAUUAGGCCAAUAGGGUCAAAACCCAGGUGAGGGAUAAGUUUAGGGUUCAGGUUAGUUUUAGGAUAGAUUUAGGGUUCAGGUUAGGGAUACAUUUAGGACAUACGUUUGUGGGUUGUGGCAACCAAGAUGGCGCGCCCCGGUGCUAUCUAUCCAAAUUUACCGAAAAUUAAUUUUAAAAUUAAUCAGUCAAUAAUACUCACUACUAACUAAUAGUGAAAAAUGUAGCUUCAAUAAUAAAUAAAUAGUAGGGGUGUGCCGGAUCCGUUUUUUCCAACCGGAUCCCGAUUUUCUUAUGCGAAAUCCUUCGGAUCCGGAUUCCGGAAUAAUCCGGAUUCCGGUUUCUCCCGGAUUCCGAAUUUUGGUACUAUUGGUAGAUACUUCGGUAAGUCAAGGUAGACUACUACUUAUUGUGUAUGGGAAUUCGCAAUCGGCGCCAAAAAAUCCGAGUUUUUAAUUUUCCGAUGUGUGUGUCUAUUUAUUAUUAAAUUAGUACUUUCGAUAUAUAUUUGAGUUCCGUUCCAUUUGGAUAAGUGUCUUACGAGAGACGCCAUGUUUCUACGCGUUCGCAGCAGGUCAUGCAGCUCGCUCAACCUAAUUUCGCCAUGGGGUUGGCCACGCCCCCCUUUUUAAUGGCGGAAGUUGACGAUACUUAGGAAAUAUUAAUUUAUUAUCACUAUUUACAUCAAAAUAAUUGAUAACUUGUGUUUCAGAAUGCAUUUAAAGACAUUUAAACUGGAAUGUUUUAAUUUGAGCUUUAACAACCCGGUAGAAUCCAUAUUAUAAAUGAUCAGAAUUUACCGUGUGCAACACGUUGUCAUUGGCAACCAUUCACAGCCACUUGCAUAACUGUAUCGUAGUACUACCUCAGAGUUUCAUUCAUAAGAGUUUGCCGUGUGCAAAAACUAUUAAACCAUUGGUCAGGGAAAGCUUUAAUUAAUUAUUCAUGUGCCAAAGUUGAAAGUUUAAACUAAGUCUAAACAGUAUUUUAGUGAUAAGGCAGGGAAUGCGUUGCCUUAUAUAAACUAUAUAGUCAUUGCGCAUGACGGGAUUGGUGGAAUGAGAUCACAGAAUGUGGAGAUGCAGUCCAUGUUAAAAAAUGACAAACCAAGUCGUACUUUAAAAAUUCAUAACUUUAAAACUACAACAGCUAAAAAUAUGAUUUUGGUGUUAUAAUUCUUUAAAAAAUUACCUCUUUUCAACUAUGCCAUUGGUUUAUUUUUACAAAAAGUUUAAAUUUUCUUAUCAAAGUCCCUACUAUUGGCCACUAUUAGCGGUGCUGACUCUAGCCUCUGGUAUGUUCGGAAUAUUAAACAAGCUCAACGCUCGAAACAAUCGAUUAAUGUAUCGUGAUCGUGUGGAAUUCGGGAAAGAGAAUUACUUUAAUUUCAGAUUAUGAUCCGGUGAGUCACAAAAUCUGGCAAAUUCCGAAAUCCGGUAUAUUCCGGAUUCCGGUUGUUCCGGAUACAUGUAAAUCCGGCGGAACCGGAUUUCACCGGAUAGUGCAAAAUCCGGUGGAACCGGAUUCCGGCACACCCCUAAUAAAAAGUAUAGGAAAUUGAACAUUACACUACAAGUUAUUUGGUCAAGUCCAGCAGAUUUCUAAAAACUUUUUAAAAUUUUUUAUUUUGGGUCAUCUUUAUUUCCAGGUCUUUUUCUUAAUAAUUAUUAUUCAGCAUUAAAUAAAAGUCUUAUACUGUCAUUUUUAUUUAUUUCAAACAGCUAGGUAAAAUAUAGGCAUAUAAAUAUUAAGUUAAUCUUUUUGUUCAGGUGCGUAUAUUAUUUCUGAUCGAAAUUCGUAUUAUCGCAUGUAAACUUUCAUGUAUUCCUCAUUAAAUUAAAUCCAGGCAGUGAUAGUUAACUAAUACUGAAAUAUAUAGCGCUUAUUUGCAUUUUAUUUUAUCUCUAAAGCGUCUUUCAACACCUCCCCCACCCAUCUUCCAAAGCUCCAUUUAUCAUGUAUUCUUUUUCACCCUGUUGCCAGAAUUUUUGAUCACCUACCAGUUGGUAUGCUAAACGAAAUUUUCAAAUUGUUGGCAUGUUUACAAAAAGAAUGAAACUUUGGGGGGGGGGGGUAACUUAAUUAGAUUUUCUGUUAUUUAAUAGGGCCCAAAAUUCGUUUUUUUUCUUUUAUGGGGUGUAUAAAUAUAAUUCCAAACAAAGGCUCCUAACCCUGUUGCCAGAAUUUUUGAUCACCUACCAGUUGGUAUGCUAAACGAAAUUUUCAAAUUGUUGGCAUGUUUACAAAAAGAAUGAAACUUUGGGGGGGGGGGGGUAACUUAAUUAGAUUUUCUGUUAUUUAAUAGGGCCCAAAAUUCGUUUUUUUUCUUAUAUGGGGUGUAUAAAUAUAAUUCCAAACAAAGGCUCCUGCAUGGGUGAAUGGAACGAGUUCAAACUUAUUACACACACUUGAAUAUCCAUAUUCAAAAACCGGUACUGAAGGGUAACGAACUCAUAAUUUUAAUUUUUCCUAAAACUAGCUAAUAAACACGCCAAAACACGCCAAUUUUAUAUAAAUUUAUUUUAUGAACAUGCUUUUAGUUUGAAAAGUUAAGCAUCAAUAAAUAAUUUUGGUAUAAUUUAUGAUAAAUCUAAUUUCUUGUUUCGUUUUUUGUGAAUAUGCUUUCAGUUGCAAAAUUGCAUCUGGCAUGUAGGGUAAAUUUAAAAUAAACAAGAAAAUGGAGAGAUCGAUUACGCUAUCGGCUAUUCGCAAUGGGGUCUGCAAAAAUCCAUAAAAAGAAAAGUUAGUGCUGUACAAUUGAGUGUUAAUGUUAACUAACACUAUCUGGACUAAAUUUGAUAAAGAAUGCACGUUAAGUUUACACGCGAUAAUAGGAAAUUUGAUCAGAAAUAAUAUAUGCACCUCAACUGCAAGAUUACCAAUGUUAAUUAUCCAUGAAGAAUGCUCAUUAGAAAUUUUUCUACCCAUGCUUGAAUUUUUUUCAAGACUGUUGUACAUUUAAAAGUAACAUGACACUAUUCUACAUUUCAUAGGAUUCAUUAGGACUUGGCUAUAACUAUAAACAUACAAAAACUUACUUUGUUUUUAGUAUGAUGGAUCAGUUAUUAUCUAAAUUUUUAAUUUUAAACCAGAGAUUAUAAUUGCCAUGAGUACUGGCUCUCUAAGGAAGUUUUCAUCAAGCAGUAGUGAGACUUUGUGCUGUUGCGAAUAUCAAAAUAUGCAUGGAGAAAGAAGCCACGUCCUGUCAUCUUGCUGUGACUGUGAAGCUUUGGACGACAUGUUUGAUAAGUAAGAUAUUUUGAUCUUAUUUAGCUUUUAAUGUACUGAUCUGUAUUAUUAAGUAUUGAUCAGUAGAAAAUAUGAUGAUGAAGCGUUUCAAUUGUCACUUAUGCACUGGUACAAGAUGUUACUAUAAUAUAAACAUGUAUAAUAAUUUUUUUUUAAGCAAUAUAUCUACAUAAAUACACUUGUUAUUAAAAUUCUUAAUCAAGAAAUUCAUUGGCAAGUUAUUUUUUAUUUUUUUACAUGUUGGCAUUCAUUUUCUCAAACAUUUUUUUUAGGAUCUUUAAAUGUGAAAGAGUUCCAGAGUCUACCCUGGAUCGACUUAUGAACACUAUCUCUGACAGAUGCCGAUUACCGUCUUGUUUCGGUGGUGGUGCUGUUAAAUUGAGGCCUGAUGUUGUCACACCAAUCAUUGUUGUCCCGACAUGCCUUUGUCUGGCAACCCUCCAUCCUGUCAUGACUGUUUUUAGCUUUCUCUUUAUGCCUGCCUUUGUGUUAACUUUUCAUGCGUUAUGGCGGCACAGGCAGAGAAACAGCAGGACUCUUUUCUUUUACUCAUGGGGACUCACUUCAGUGAUUAGCUCUUACUUGGUGUUUCAGGUACAGUAUUAGAUCUAAAUUCAGUUAUAAAAUAUUAUGUUCAAUAAUAAUAUGCACAACCUUUGAGUCACAGACACAGCUUAUUUCAUAUGCUUUGCUUUGUCAGACUGUGAUUGGUAUAUCAUGGUUCCCAAAUAGUGUGAUGGCACUAGGUGGAUGGUAUGUUAUCAUGGUUCCCAACUAGUAUGAUGGCACUGGGGGAUGGUAUGGUAUCAUGGUUACCAAAUAGUAUGAUGGCACUAGGUCAGGGGUCAGCAACCUUCGGCUCGUGAGCCCUAUGCGGCUCUUUUGAUGUCAAGAUGCGGCUCUCCAGUUCCAUGCACAAAUAUUAAUAAUUAUAUUGAAAUAAAAAUGUUAGUGGCUCUUUAAAAACUGGGAAAUCUUGUAAAUUGUAACUUUUUGCUCUUCCGUCUCAAAUGGUUGCCGACCCCUUCACUAGGUGGAUGGUAUGGUAUCAUGGUUCCCAAAUAUUAUGAUGGCACAGGGUGGAUGGUUUUGUAUCAUGGUUCACAAAUAGUGUGAUGGCACUUGGUGCAUGGUAUGGGAUCAUAGUUCCUGAAUAAUAUUGUGCGCCUGGGUUGGAGAUUUAUUUGUAAUAUUGAAAAGAUUAUCCACUAAAAACAGAUAUGUGCAAAAAUGUAAUAUCAAGGACAUUUAGAAAUGAAUUUAGUAUUUAAAGUAGUCAGAGAAAUAAAAUUAUUUUAAAAAAUAAAGUAUUAAUUGUAUGAAGUUUGAAUGAUGAGGAUAUAAUAAUAUGAAUUCAUAAUAAGCAAUUUGGUUUAAUAGUGCAUAUUCGUGAUUUAAAUCUUGCAAUAAAUGCAUUUGAUUAGGUCUCGUUCUGGCUUUACAAAUAAUAUUAAGACAUCAGUGUCUUGUUAUUUCAGAGAGUAUUCUUGAUUAAUUUUAUUUUCAGUUUUUUGUUGUUGCAUUCAGAGAGGUUUUACUGUGGGAGAUUUUGACAGUGUUUACAUCCAUGAUGAUCAUGUUUUACUGCCUUCAUUUAACAAAACAAGAUCAAGACGCCCUGCAAGUGGCUCACAGGCCACGCGCCAUUCAUAAACGCACACCCUCUAAUACUAAUUUGAGUUCUUCCUUACCUUUGUAUGAUCAGGUAGAGUCUUUCAUUUUUUUUACAAAUAACAAUAAGAAAAAUCUGGCCACUACUAUAUUUUAUUUUGUAAAUUGUUGAUUGCAGUAUAGAACCGUAACAAACUAAUAUUCUAGAAAAAAAGAUCAAGCAGAAAGAAUCAGCUUUUAUUUACAGUACAACAAGAACAAUAAUUUUGAGGUAGCCUAAUAAUAAUCUUAAUUACUUUCGUAGCUGUUUGAAUUAUUUACAUUUAUAGUGGUUUCUAAUUUUUACCAGAAAGUUGAUUGCUAUUUUACAAAUUAUGUUUGCAUGAAAUACAUUUUUUGUUAAUCCCUACCUGGCUGAUUAAAAAUGUUUGAACCGUUUGAUUUGAAAUGGAGCCUGAUUUGUUUUGCUUGUUCUGUGAUUCUAUUUGAAACAUAUUAAAGCCAUUGGUUUAAUGAAGCAUGUUUUACUAUCUAUCUCUAUUACCUGCAACCAGGUGACUAGUCAAGAUGCUGCACAAAAUAUUUAUAAUGGGGACAUGGUAACUGUUACUCUUGGUGCUGAUAAUUCAAAAGAUGCUUCAGUCCAAUGGGUGGAGACCAGAGCUGGAACUGUCCCUGGGGGUGAGUUGAUGCCUUAGAUAUUAACAUUUUUGAAUAUACAUAAGACCUUGAGCUUUCCUUGGGAGUGAGUAGAUGCCUUAGAUCUUAACUCUUUCGCUGCAGAAUUUUUUUAUCGAAAAACUUUACAUUUUUUUCGAAGAGCGGAAAAAGGGGGAGGGGUUGGGUUUAUUAAAAAAUAUUUAAAAUAUUAUUCUUUUGUUUUUUAAGACUAAGCUUGGUAUCAAAUGAAAGGUAAUUGAAAGGACUAUAUGUUUUGUACACUUAUUUCUUCACUUUAAAUAAAAUAAGUUACAGAAAAGAAACAUAAAAUUUGAAAAUAUUUUAUGCUGAAUAAUUUUUCCCCAAACCCUAAGAUGUACACAUACCUCAUCUUCCCUUCUAUAGCUCAAUUCCUCUAAAACUACUUCUAUCGGAAUUGUGCGAUGCAUCUAAAUAUAAAUCAUCGUCACUAUCAAAAGAAUUAGUAUAAAACAAUUCCAAAGCAUUUUUAACUGUUAAUCAUCUAGGAAACUUACCUACUAGCCAUAGCUACAGAGAAGAAAAAUGUGAAGAAAAUCGUCAAACUAAUGCUUUAAAUGACAACAAAUAAACCUUGGUUUCGCUUAUAAACAAUGAAGCACCAAUCUUCUUUGUAAAAGUCUUAUUUAACAAUAGCUCUUAAAAAGUUUAACCGAUAAAUAGCAAAGAAACAAACAUGAUAUUGAAACAAUGCACAGCGCGUUGGUCUGUGCUUUUGAGAAUGUUGGAAGAAUGUAGUGUAAGUUGUUCCGCAUCGAAAGAGUGAUCCUAUUUUAAAAUACAUAAGAGCUGUUCCCGGGGGUGAGUUGAUGCCUUAAAUGUUCACAUAUUUAUAUAUUUAUAUAUGUUAACAUAUACUUCCGGGGCGCUGCUCUGCAGGCGACUCGAUUUCAUCUGUGCAUGUUUUUUCAGCUUUCGUAAUAGUUUAAAGGUUUUUAUAACAUUUUCUUUGGAGUCAAGGUGUGUUGAAUGUCACGGUCAGAUCGCGUGAGUUUUUUGUGUCAACUUCUAUAAUGUUAAUUUGACCAAUCGUGGGUGAGUUUAUUUUCCCCGUGUGCCCCACGAGUUUUGAUUUUUCUCGGUCAAGGUAUGACCGGUGUGCUGUGUCUGAAAAAACCACGUGUGUGAGUAAGUGAGUUUUUCUACGGAUGGAAGAGGACUUGUGUAACUUUAACUGUUUUGUGUAGUGGCAUAUAGGCACACAUAGCCAAUAAAUAAGAAAACCUGAAACCCUGAAUUGUUUGUUGAUACUUGGAGCAAGAGUCAGCUCUGUAGGAGCUGGAAAUAAAGGGGUUCUAGACCCUUGAAAAAUUGUUCUGUGGCUAGUACAGAGGGGACCGACCCCUAGACAACGUACAUCACGUCACAGUGGGGGCCCGUCCGGGAUAUCAAGGCAACCAUCCAAGUCCACCAACCAUCCACAGGGGAUUAACCAUACAAAUCUAUCAUUCGCCAUCGUCGCGGCUCAUCAAAGAAACCAUCCAAGCCUACCAGCAGCCAAAGGGGAGGCCGUUCGAUGCAGCCAUAUCAACCCUAACCAUCCACCACAGUGGAGCAGCCAUCUAAGCGCGCAAUUAGCCACCGUGGGAGCACGAUCCAACCAUACCAGCUCAUCAUUCGGUACGUGGUUCAAAGGUUCAUCUAAGUCCAAACAAACCAUACCAGACCAUACUGCACAGUGGAGGCCGUUAAAGCAAAAUCAUAUCGUCCAAAGAACCCUACCAGCCUACCAUUCAUCACAGAGAGGGCCUGACCAACCAGACACACCAGCUCUUCGAAACAAUCAUCACGGCCAUACCAGUCCAGAGGAAAGCCGUGCAAACCAACCAUACAGCUAUACCAACCUUAACUUUUAGUGACAUUGGAUUAUUGGAGACACCAGACAUUCCAACCCUAUCUACCUACAAGAAUACAAAUGAACACAUGGAUUAUACUUCUCAAUACGUACGAAAUCCCAGUGCCACCCAUCAAGAGAACCAUCACAAGUAAUUAUUUUAAGUACAUUAUUUAGUUAUUAGAUUUGCAAUUUCUAUUGUUUUAUUACUCAUUUCAUUUGAUCCAUUUCCUAUUUGUAAAUUUUGUGUAAACAUAUAAAUUAACAUUAUAGAAGUUGACACAAAAAACUCACGCGAGUGUUUUAUCUCCUUUGACUGAUGGAGUCAAGGUGUGUUGAAUGUGUUUUAUCUCCUUUGACUGAUGGAGUCAAGGUGUGCUGAAUGUGUUUUAUCUCCUUUGACUGAUGGAGUCAAGGUGUGUUGAAUGUGUUUUAUCUCCUUUGACUGAUGGAGUCAAGGUGUGUUGAAUGUGUUUUAUCUCCUUUGACUGAUGGAGUCAAGGUGUGUUGAAUGUGUUUUAUCUCCUUUGACUGAUGGAGUCAAGGUGUGUUGAAUGUGUUUUAUCUCCUUUGACUGAUAAUCUUGUGUUUUUUACCGCAAUGAACAGUGAUUACAUGGAUUUUGUGGACGUCGUUGCCAUACACCAAGACCCAUCCAUAGCCGCCAUAUUGGAAAAAAUUGGGACGCCAUCUUGUAAACAAAUGGCAAGAUCAAAACAACUAUUUAAAGACAAUCGACUACAGACAAAAGGCGUUCCCCUAAUCUUGGAGAAGAAAACCUCCGUUCAAACAAAAAUCCAAGACUGAUCUCACUCAAGAACUCAAGAGUUACUUUUAUUGCACACAUAGACGGGGAAUGUCUGCUAUAGCAACAACGAAAAACACAAACAAACAUUUCAAGGGCUGAAGGAAAUAUUUGCGAUGAAUGUAAAAAACAAAUUUCCAUUUAUUUGGAUUAAUAAAAAUAUCUUAUCUUAUCUUAUUCAUAAGAACAAAGGAGGAUAACAGUGUUGGGUUUUUAGGUUAACAAUUUGAUUUUUUUAAAUAUUGAGACAUGGGAAGCAAGAUUUUAUAUCAAAUUAUCCCUAGUGGAAGCUAUGGACACAUACUUUAUAUCAAAUUAUCCCUAGUGGAAGCUAUGGACAACAUUCAUAUCAAAUUAUCCCUAGUGGAAGCUAUGGACCACAUUCAUAUCAAAUUAUCCCUAGUGGAAGCUAUGGACAACAUUCAUAUCAAAUUAUCCCUAGUGGAAGCCAUGGACAACAUUCAUAUCAAAUUAUCCCUAGUGGAAGCUAUGGACAACAUUCAUAUCAAAUUAUCCCUAGUGGAAGCUAUGGACAACAUUCAUAUCAAAUUAUCCCUAGUGGAAGCCAUGGACAACAUUCAUAUCAAAUUAUCCCUAGUGGAAGCUAUGGACAACAUUCAUAUCAAAUUAUCCCUAGUGGAAGCUAUGGACAACAUUCAUAUCAAAUUAUCCCUAGUGGAAGCCAUGGACAACAUUCAUAUCAAAUUAUCCCUAGUGGAAGCUAUGGACAACAUUCAUAUCAAAUUAUCCCUAGUGGAAGCUAUGGACAACAUUCAUAUCAAAUUAUCCCUAGUGGAAGCCAUGGACAACAUUCAUAUCAAAUUAUCCCUAGUGGAAGCUAUGGACAACAUUCAUAUCAAAUUAUCCCUAGUGGAAGCUAUGGACAACAUUCAUAUCAAAUUAUCCCUAGUGGAAGCUAUGGACAACAUUUAUAUCAAAUUAUCCCUAGUGGAAGCUAUGGACACAUACUUUAUAUCAAAUUAUCCCUAGUGGAAGCUAUGGACAACAUUCAUAUCAAAUUAUCCCUAGUGGAAUCUAUGGACAACAUUCAUAUCAAAUUAUCCCUAGUGGAAGCCAUGGACAACAUUCAUAUCAAAUUAUCCCUAGUGGAAGCUAUGGACUAAAUUCAUAUCAAAUUAUCCCUAGUGGAAGCUAUGGACAACAUUCAUAUCAAAUUAUCCCUAGUGGAAGCUAUGGACAACAUUUAUAUCAAAUUAUCCCUAGUGGAAGUUAUGGAUAACAUUCAUAUCAAAUUAUCCCUAGUGGAAGCCAUGGACAACAUUCAUAUCAAAUUAUCCCUAGUGGAAGCUAUGGACUACAUUCAUAUCAAAUUAUCCCUAGUGGAAGCUAUGGACAACAUUUAUAUCAAACAUUUAUAUCAAAUUAUCCCUAGUGGAAGUUAUGGACAACAUUCAUAUCAAAUUAUCCCUAGUGGAAGCCAUGGACAACAUUCAUAUCAAAUUAUCCCUAGUGGAAGCUAUGGACUACAUUCAUAUCAAAUUAUCCCUAGUGGAAGCUAUGGACAACAUUCGUAUCAAAUUAUCCCUAGUGGAAGGUAUGGACAACAUUCGUAUCAAAUUAUCCCUAGUGGAAGCUAUGGACAACAUUCAUAUCAAACAUUUAUAUCAAAUUAUCCCUAGUGGAAGUUAUGGACACAACAUUUUUAUCAAAUUAUCCUCAGUGGAAACUAUGGACAAUACUUGAGCACAUUAUGAUGAAAGCUUGCAAAAAGGAACAGAAAAAUAAAAGAAAGUUUGAUCUAAUUUGUUGUAUAAGUUGUGUCAUAAUUUUAAGAUGAUAUAAUUUCUCAACUAAGAGAAUAUAAUUUCUCAUUGAAGAAAAUAUAAUUUCUCAUAGAAGAGAAUAUCAUUGCCCAUAGAAGACAAUAUAAUUGCUCUUAGAGGAGAAUAUAAUUUCUCUUUAAAGAGAAUAUAAUUUCUCUUAGAGGAGAAAAUAUUUCCUUAUAGAAGAGAAAAUAAAAGAUUCUUUCAGCUAACUUCGGUUCUAACUUUUUAAACAGACAGAUAAUUGAAUUUAUUUGAACUAAACCUUCAAAAUUAUUUUAAAUGAUCAGUUAUAAAUAUAUACUGAUAUUAAAAAAAUUUAGUAUAUAUGCAGUCUUGAGGGUACUGCUCCUAGGCAACCUCUCUCUCCCAUCUACGGUGUGAAUUAGUCGCACCGUAGAAUAACCAUACAAACCCUAGUAGAGGGCGUCGGUCUAAACAACUACACGGUCCCCCCGGGGUGGUAAGGGGGGACUUCAGAGACGUUAAACAUAUCCACCCCAGACCCCUAGAAAGCCCAGCCCGGUUGCUGCGUGAGCAGCGACCCGGCUGGCCAGGUGUUUCUUCUCUGGGGCUGCCGCACUCAGCGGCCAAUCGAGUGGAGGUCGGGUGUGGCGGUCUUAGGGGCUGAACGUCCCUGGCGUGCCGCUUCGCGGCCCGAUCGGAAUAAAGACCACUGGUGGAGCGGUUGACGGCCGAUUUGGUUGGCGGGGUGGUGCGUUGGGGAGGACCAUAUGAGCCCCGGCUCAGUGUUCGCUGAUUUUCUUAAGUAAGUUAGUUAGUUAGUAUCAACAGUUAUUGGCUUGCAUUGUUUGGUAAGACAGUAUGGGUUGGGCAGGUCUUGUGCAAAAUUUUGCAUAACAUUUUCAAAAAAAUUGUAUAUUGUAAAACUAAUGUUCACACGACUGUUUGAAUAUAAAGGUAAGCAAGAGCUUCCAGCCAGGGCCGGUUACUGCAAGAUUUGUGAGGCUUACAUUGCUGUCAGAGAUCAUCAUUGUAUUUGGUGGGUACAGUUUUGACAUAGUGUUGAUACACAACUCAAAGCCUUUAGAUUUAUUACAUCCUAGAGUUGGAGUUAGUUACUUUAAUUCUGAACCAUAGUGAAAGAAUCUUUUAUGUCAUCCACACUCACUCGGGCUGCGGCUCAGUAAAUGUUAAUGAUUGCUCUUUGAACCUCAGGAUUGACAGCUGUGUGGGUGCCACUAACCACAGGCCGUUCCUGCUUGCCAUGAUCAUAUUUGUGUUCACUGGCCUCUAUGCUGCCCACCUGACCUUCACAACCAUCUGUACACCCAAGAUGUAUUUGGAUUGGUUCCUUUUGCCCAAUGACUGCAGAUGGCUUUAUGUGGACUUUUUGUAAGUUUCUAUGAACUCUUACGCUGUGCCAAGUUUGUCUUGUGUUCAGUUAGUGUCUAUCAACUCUUAUUAGGCUGUGCCAAGUUUGUCUUGUGUUCAGUUAGUGUCUAUCAACUCUUAUUAGGCUGUGCCAAGUUUGUCUUGUGUUCAGUUAGUGUCUAUCAACUCUUAUUAGGCUGUGCCAAGUUUGUCUUGUGUUGGGUUAUUUUCUCUCCUGGAAUUGCCUGCAACAUUAUAAAAGAAAAACACAGACUAAAUUAUAUUUUGCUUUCUUAACAUUUUAGACUUAUUCAAUACAGGAUUACAUUAUAUUGACCAUUUAUUUCGUAUGGACAUCUGAAUUGAUGUGUGAUUUAAGGUAAUUUCACUGAAUACUUACUACGCUGUUAUUUUUAUACUCUAAAAUUCUAUACAAUAUUUAAUAUUUCUUGUCUUCUUAAUUUUAAGUUGAUAUCGGUACAACCAAAAAAAUUUUAAAUCGGUAUACAGUUUGGUGACCAUUUUAUUUAUUUUUUCCACAGAACUGCCAUCUGUUUUGUUACUGCCAUCUACUGCCUGAUUGCGUCGUCACUGAUGUGCGUUGGCCUCUUAUAUCAGAUUAUACUCAUAAGUCAGAACCUGACAUCACACGAGCUAGUCCACGCUAAACAGCAGGGCUCAACCUUGUGUGGACUUUUUGCUCGCAACAACCCCAACAACAAAGGCUUCUUCAGGAAUUGGAUAGAAUUCUGGUUCUUGGAAUCCCGAGCGAAUGCUCCUGAUAUUUCUUAGUGAGAUGUGUGGCUCGUGUGGCUCCGCAAGCAUUGCUGUGAGAUUUUUUUUUAAAAAUUACAUUAUGGGGAAAAGAAGCCACUGAAUAACUUAAGUGAACUACCAAAACAUUUCACAUGACUCGGUAAGUUAAGUAGGUCAACACUUUUCAUCCACACAUCACAUGGAGCAAUAACACAAUUAUCCACACAUAAAACUUAAUCCCAGCUCCAGGCAAGAGAUGGUCAUUAUAAAAGCAAUUUAAAACUUAGUAUUGGGAGAUUUGAAUUUCAUUAGGACGCUUGAGAUACUUGAAUUGUUUUGUGAGCUAUUAUUUGUUACCUAUCCGAGUACGUACAUGCCUACAUGACAUUUUCAGCUAUUGUCUCCAUAAAUGGUUUAUUGAAAUGACGGUUUAUCAUAACUGACAACAUAAUUAAACAACUUGAUCACAUAAUUAAAUAUUAACAUCUUGAUGUCAUAAUUAAUCAUCUUGAAUCAUUGUUUUUGUCAGUUUAAUCACCGUGGUUUUUAAAUGCACAUUGAUAGCAGGCGCUCUGCACCAAAAUGAAGUUAAAUCAGUGUCAUUUCCAAACUUUGAUGAUAGAGAAUAUUGGUUUUCAUUUGCCAAAGUGUUGGCUAAUUAUAUAGAAAGGAAGGCACCUAUGAGAAUGUUUGCCAAUGAGACUAUUUAUACAAUUUUUGUAUGGUUGCUUUGUUAUAUAGACACUCUGUGGAAUAAAUAGUAUGUUGCCGAUUGUAGUGUGUUGCUGUGAAGUUUUAACCUGCAGAUAACUAGCAGCCUGUGAAAGCGCCUACCUGCUAAUCUUGUUUAAAUCUGUACCUAUUAAGUUAUCUAUUUCCAGUGUUCUACUGUGAUACUUAUGAUGUUGGGGGGAAAAAUUAAUCUAUGAUCAAUUCUUAUUUUUUUAAUGGUGUGUACAAUUUAUAAUUUUGAUUAUUUUAUGCUGAAUGUACUUCAUGCAGGCAUUUAUACUUUUUUUCCAACAGCUCUUUAUUUGUUUCAUUCACUUAUAUUUUUGUAUCAUUUUUGUUGAGAGCUUUUCAAACCUUGUAAACGUUUGCCAUUCUGUGUGACAAGCUAUUUGGAAAAGAAAACAAAUACCAACAUUUUAAUCAUUGGAGUGAAGAUUUUAAACUCUUAAUCUUCACUCAAAUUGAAUAUUUGUAGACUGGUGCUAGAAACUUAAGGCCAUUAUCAGGGGCCCACAAUGAGGGCUUUAUAUGCACGCGGAUCAGGGUCAGAAAUUUCUUUGGUGUAUAAGAGAUUAAAAUUUUGUCUUUUGUAUAACAUAAAACUUGUCUUCAUUACUGAGAGGCACACCAAUGAUUAAGAUAAUAAGUUAUCAGCAAAGCCUAUCUUAUCAUCAGUUGUUAUGUCUCCAGUCUACUUCUACAAGUUAUUGUUAAGCUAGUACAUUGUAAAAUUCAUUGAAAUGUUGACAUUAUUUUGAAUAGCCCUGUAUUAAAAAUAGUCUUAAAGGUUACAUUAAGCCAUACAGUGGCUUUAUUUGUACCAUUACAAACAGUGACUUUAUUUGUACCAUUACAAACAGUGACUUUAUUUGUACCAUUACAAACAGAUUACAAAGCACUGCAAUUUUACUAUUUCAACAGUCAUGUAUCAUAAAACCUUCUGCUACAUCUUUGCCAGUCACACUACAAAAUACUAUUUAGUUAACAUGUUCUGAGAUAAAAAUGAGACUUUUUGGGAUAAAAGAAAUCUUUUACCAGUAUUGAUCUUGAUUUUAACAUAUUUUUUGUAGUUUAUCUCUCCGUCGACCAAUCAAAAUGUCAGAACUUUGCUUCAAAAUAUUUUGUUAUUUUCAUCCUUCUUCAGUUCUUUGCUUUUUCAAUGAGUGUUUGUUCAGUCUAUGUCAAUGUUCAAUCAAAUCUUACCCAGUAACUGUUGAUUAUCACCUCAAGCAAUUCUAUUUCUUCAGUCCUAACAGAAGUGCAUUUAAACUUAUGCCUGCUAAUAUUUUAUAUAUGUUGACAUACAUUAAAAAUAAUUGUUUUAUGUAACUUAAAUGUAUGUAUGUUGAAGGCUGAUAUUCAGUUGACAAGUUAUUGUGAUUGUAGCAUAUGUUAACAUCAUGCAUGCUCAACUUAGCUGUUCUCUUAUUGAGGCUGAAACAGAUUUGGGGAAAGUGCCACAAGUCACAUGACUUAUUGAGGCUGUAAAAGAUUUGCGGAAAGUGCCACAAGUCACAUGACUUAUUGAGGCUGUAACAGAUUCACAAGUCACCUCGCUCUCUCUGUCUCUCUUUCUCCGCCCCCCCUCCCCCAUCCCCCAUUAUUUCUGUCCAAUGUUCCUUCAUUUACUUUCCGUGCCUGACAGAAUUGACAUAUUUUAUAGACGUGUAUUUAAUUUCCAUAUAUCACAGUGUUUAAUGCAGUAGAUUUUGAGUUAAAAAAUGCUAUUUAAAACUAGUUUUUUUUAUUAUAUGUGCACGUAAGAAAUUGUUAAUUGUUACGAAAUAAUUCAUACUAAUGCCAAUGCCAACAAAAUUAUCUUCACCCUCGUCAACCGACCACACAUCGUAUCUGCUCAUUGCUCCAGCAAUGUAAGGAGUCCCACUCUGACGGGAUAUCAGCAUAGUUGUAUCAGUAUGACAACAAUUUCUCUUUUAGUCUUAAAUGAUUUUAUUUUCUGAUAACACAUGUUGUAUUUUGGUCAAGAUUAAACAAGUGCCUCAACAACCUUUAGUAUCAAUUUAACAUCUAAGUACUUUUUCUUCCUUUUUUAACACCUAAGUACUUUUUCUUCACUUUAACACCUGAGUACUUUUUCUUGCUGAUGAACAAAUUUCUGUUCCAAAAUGAUAGGUAGCAAAUAAAUAUUUAAUGCGUAGAGAGUUACAGUUCUUUAAUUGAUAGUAAGGGGCUGGAAUAGAAAUAGUUCUGAAACUAUGAAACUAUUUUCAGUGUCUCCACAUACAUUCUUGUGACUUUUAAUUUCUCCUUUGCUGUCCCCUGUAAACUUUUAUUAAUGAUCAGUUCAGUUGAAUACAUAAUCAUCAUUCAGUUUACAAUGUGGAAUACACUGAGCUAGUGUUUCAUAGGAGGUGAACUUUAAAAUACAAUCGGUUUAAGAUUUCAAGACGCCCUGAUUUCUUGUAUUCGCUUACGAGACUUGUCUUCUUACUAUAGAACUAUUGCACUGCAAACUAUGCAUCACUGUAUAUAGCACUUUAGUGUCAAAUGUAGAAGUCAUGGGAGAUUAGCUUGCUAUUUCUACUGUUUAUACUUCACUUUUCAUAAAAGAACUCUACUUGUGGCCCUCUAUGUAAAUAAGGGUAUAGGGAUCAUUGCUGAAGAUUAAUAAGAACAAGACAUUUUUUUAUAUUAAGGACCAGUAUUAAAUCUUAAAGUGACAAAGUCUGGGAUAUUAAUUUUUUUUUAAUCCUGCUGUAACUUCCUUAGACGCUGUCAAGAGAAUUCUCUAUUUAUUUAUUAUACCUCUUUUGAUAUGCUUACAUUUGAGAAUCCCUGAUAAUAAGCAGACAUAUCCAAACAAGUAUCUUCAACUCAUAAUUAUCAUGGAUUCGCAAUUGCAAAGAUAUUUAUUUUAUUAAAAUUAAAAUAAAACUAAAAUUUGUAAGUUUUAAUAAUUAAGUUUUUUCUUAAGAAAAUGAGUGGUAAUGUUUUUCUAAGAAAUUAACUUAAAAUGUGAUAUAAGAAUUGUGCAAUUAUUGUUCUUACAAUUAAACUUAAUAAAAAUUUAAAAAAUGAGCUUCUAAAUUUAAUAGCAACAACAUUCCAAUAUGACAGCUCAUUUAUUGUGUUUGCCAUAAUUCCAAUGUCACUAAUUUCUUAAGAUCUAAGAUCAUGGCUGCGUACUUUGUCAAUGUUAGAGUCAUUUAAAUUGCAUCCAGGAGUUGUAUUCACAGUAUGACAAUGAGGGGGUCAAGGGUCACUGUUUAGUAGUUGAAAGCUAUCAUUAGACUUGCUUGACUUGACAACUCACUGAGAAAUUUAAAAUGUACUUUUAUAAAUUGAAUAGUUCACAUUUUACUUGAUUUUUUUUUCUCUAUGAUAACUUCCUAAAAAAUAUUUGUUUCUUGAUUCCAGGGUAGCACAUUUCAGUUUUCCCAGCAAUGCUAAAUGUAAACAUUUCCUUUACACUGACAGGAGGACAAUUUUUAUGUUCAUUUGUAUCAGAUAGACUUUCAACAGAUUUGAACAUUGUAUUAAGUCUAUCUCAUCCAAGGUUUCCAUUGUACUGUUUUUUUUCAUUGUAAUGGGGAGUUUCCAUUGUAAAGUGAGAUUUCAAGCAAAUUUGAGCAAAUAAUAAAGAAUGAAAGGGGAGAUAAAUAGCUAUUUCAGUUUCUAUUUUGUGUAUGUAAAUAUUUUAUUGUUAGUAAAAAAAAAAUUAUUCUCUCACAAUCAACUCAGAGUUUAUGAUGACCAGAGCCGAGGAUCUGCCCUCUGAACAUGUUGUCGCCCAUUUCUUACAAGUUUUAUAAUGUAGUCAUCUACAUGCCAUUUUUAAAAAAUAAACAAACAGAUGUUUGGG